CCAGCAGCCAUGCAGCAAGUCCUGGAUAACCUCACUGAUCUACCAACAUCAACAGGAGCCGAAGAAAUCGACUUGAUCUUCCUCAAAGGAAUUAUGGAAAACCCUAUUGUAAGAUCCCUUGCUAAGGCUCAUGAGCGAUUGGAAGAUUCUAAACUUGAGGCUGUCAGUGAUAAUAACUUGGAGCUGGUGAAUGAAAUUCUUGAAGACAUCAGUCCCUUAGUAAAUAAAGAUGAAAAUAUUGCAGAGUUAGUUGGAAUACUGAAGGAACCUCAUUUUCAGUCACUCUUGGAAGCGCACGAUAUUGUGGCUUCAAAAUGUUAUGAUUCCCCCCCUUCUAGUCCGGAAAUCAAUAAUUCUUCGGUGAACAACCAGAUCGUUCCAGUAGAUGCUAUUCGUAUCCUUGGUAUUCACAAAAGAGCGGGAGAGCCACUGGGUGUUACAUUUCGAGUUGAGAACAACGAUUUGGUAAUAGCGCGAAUCCUGCACGGCGGCAUGAUAGAUCGGCAAGGCCUCCUGCACGUAGGUGACAUCAUUAAGGAGGUGAAUGGCCACGAGGUCGGAAACAACCCCAAAGAGCUGCAGGAACUGCUGAAAAACAUCAGUGGGAGCGUCACGCUGAAAAUCCUCCCCAGCUACAGAGACACUGUUAUUCCUCAGCAGGUUUUUGUGAAGUGUCAUUUUGAUUAUAAUCCAUAUAAUGACAAUCUCAUCCCGUGCAAAGAAGCUGGUUUGAAGUUUUCUAAAGGAGAAAUUCUUCAGAUUGUAAACCGGGAAGAUCCAAAUUGGUGGCAGGCUAGUCAUGUCAAAGAAGGAGGAAGUGCAGGACUUAUUCCUAGCCAGUUCCUGGAAGAGAAAAGAAAGGCAUUUGUUAGGAGGGACUGGGACAACUCAGGGCCUUUCUGCGGAACAAUAAGCAGUAAAAAAAAGAAAAAGAUGAUGUAUCUCACCACCAGAAAUGCAGAAUUUGAUCGUCAUGAAAUCCAGAUAUAUGAGGAAGUAGCCAAAAUGCCUCCUUUUCAGAGGAAAACGCUGGUCCUGAUUGGGGCGCAAGGAGUGGGGCGAAGAAGCUUGAAGAACAGGUUUAUUGUACUGAAUCCCACUAGGUUUGGAACUACAGUGCCAUUUACUUCACGAAAGCCAAGAGAUGAUGAGAAGGAUGGGCAGGCAUACAGAUUUGUGUCACGAGCUGAAAUGGAGACAGAUAUUAAAGCUGGCAGAUAUUUGGAGCAUGGAGAGUAUGAAGGAAAUCUUUAUGGCACCAAAAUUGAUUCCAUCCUUGAGGUUGUUCAGACUGGAAGAACCUGCAUUUUGGAUGUGAACCCACAGGCCUUGAAAGUGCUGAGGACGUCGGAGUUCAUGCCCUACGUCGUGUUCAUUGCUGCGCCAGAACUGGAGACGCUGCGGGCUAUGCACAAGGCUGUGGUAGAUGCUGGAAUUACAACCAAACUUCUCACUGACACUGACCUGAAAAAGACGGUGGACGAGAGCGCGCGGAUCCAGCGCGCCUACAACCACUACUUCGACCUGACCAUCACCAACGACAACCUGGACAAGGCCUUCGAGCAGCUGCAGGCGGCCAUCGAGCGGCUGCGCCUCGAGCCCCAGUGGGUGCCCAUCAGCUGGGUGUACUGA